GAACCAAAUCAACGACAAUCUUUUAUAAGAUCAUUUUUCUUCUCUGUGUUUUUGUCUCAAAACCGUCUCUCUCUCUCUCUUUCUCUCUCUCUCUCUGUAUUUUGUGAAUCUUUUGAUUAAAGAGAAGGAUUUUUAGUUAUGGAAGAGACAAUGAAAGAGCCUACGCCUGCUGCUGCUGCUCUUGGGAAAUCGAAAUUAAGGUAUCCUUUGAGAUCGGCGACGAAGCUGAAAGAGGAGAAGACACCUAUCGCUGAAUCGUCAACUUCUUCUGCUUCCAAGAGGGCAAGGUCUGUGCCUAGUGUAAGUAGAAGCAUGGGUGUUCUUGAUCUUCCUGGCAAGGAAAAAUCAUCUGCUAAGCCACCCAGAAGGUUGUCUGUUCCUAUCAAGUCUGGGGUUGCUGCAACUGCAAAACCACUUGGGACAAUCACCCCUAUAUCUGAGGCUAGAGCAAAGAGGUCUACUAAUGGUCAAGGGAAAAGUGAGACACCUCUUUCUGAUGUUUCUAGAACUUCCAGCCGAAAGAAGUUCAACGCCCUGGCUUCAUCUUCUUAUUGGUUAUCACAAAUUAAGCUUUCUGAAUCUGCUGCCAAGCACACGAUCUCGCUUGGGUUUUUCAAGCUUGCUUUAGAAGCUGGAUGUGAGCCUCUUCAACGUAUGCGGGAUGAGCUUAAAUCAUAUGUUCGUCGUCAUGAACUCGGUGAAGUUUUAGAAUCAGUGAAAGAAUUAUCUGAGAGCUAUAAUAUUGCGGACAAUCAAGAGCAGGUGCAGGUUUCUGAAACCUGUUCCCAAAUUCCUGAAGAGGGAACUCGAUCAUCUGAUGAUGAAGUUCACAGCUCCUCUUCUACAAUGGGAACUAGGAAGCUGCGGCCUAGGUCUCUAAAUGCUGAUGCACCACAAGUCACUGACUCGUCCAAGAAAGAGGUUCUUCAGAAGAAUGCUACCGCAAGUAGGAUAAGGGCAACUCAAAGCAAGAAUAUUGCUAAAUCAAGAUCUGUUUCAGACAGUGCUGGUCGUAAGCCACAGAAGAAACCCCAAAGGCCAAAUAAGCAAGAAGGUAGUAAGGAGAAGGACAGGAUGAAGAAGCAGGGACAAAAACCUGCCACUGAAGAAGGUCCAGUGAGCCCUCCAGUAGCUGCCCUCACACCUGAAGAGGAUAAAGAAAAUAUGGAUGCGCCGCCGAUGGAAGAGAUCAAUGUGACAGAAGUCAGCUAGGCAAUUGUGCAGCAAAAAGCUGCAUCAUAUCAUUCUCAUACUUUUUGUUGGGCUUGGCUUCAGUGUUUUUUAAGUGGGGGCUUUUCCUUUGUAUAGCAUAGAGUUCGAUCUGGUGUGAAAGCGAGACCUUUUCAUUUGUUUUCAAGAAGUACGUGUUAAAAGUGCAUCGCAUGGAUGUUAAGUAUUAUAGAUUUGUUGGUCUCACACAUUGUAUUUGAUGAAUUCAUUACAGAUGGGCUUGUUAUUGUUAUCAAUAACUCCAUUAUAAGUCCUUCGUUUAACAUGAAAAGCUUCAUAUAUUCCUUGAAUUGGACGAAAUAUUAUAAUCAGGAAAUUGGUUUUA